AUGUGGGUCUCGUGGCUGUGCCGAUGCUACCAAUCAGAGCGCAGACGUAAAGAAAAUGGGCCAACCAGCAGUCGCCCCUCUGCUGACCUUUUGGGUUCCACGGUCCCAAAUUCAAAGCCGAGUUUCGGGACGGUAAGGGGGUGCCCAGGUGGAUUUGAGUGGUCACGUGCGUGGAAGCCGGAGCAUGUGCACCCCAGUCAACGCCAAGAGGGAAGCUGCGCGCUGCCAAUUUCCCGAACAGUUUUGGGCGUCACUUUCACAUUAUCAUCUUCCGACGCAAACCUCAACCCGCGUCCAUCGAACAUAGUGCUUGCAAUCUUCCGUUCGAAUAACCUUCUCAAAGCUCCCAGCUCGGUGACAGCGAAGAUGCCGCCCAAAAGGAUGACGGCGCAGCCUGUGCGCGUCCGCCACUUCCCCGGGAAACCAGCGGCCCCCGAAGUCGAGGAGUCCUCAGCGUCCGAGUCAGAGCCCGAAUCGGAAGAAGAAGAACAACAACAGAAACCAAAGCCAUAUGUCAAGCCCAAGCCCGCACCGCUAGCAUCGACGUUCCCCAGGUCCGCCUUGAAGAGCAAUCUUGCCGCACGCCAGAAGUCGGAGGCAGAACGGAAACAGCUCGAGGCAGAGUUCGAGACGGAGAGCGAGGAGUCCGAAGAGUCGGGAAGUGAGAGUGGCAGUGAGGAAGAGUCGUCUGAAGAUGAGGAAUAUACCAGCAGCAGUGAAGAGGAGACUCGCCCCAAAUUUCAACGGCCGGUUUUCCUGAAGAAAAACCAGCGCAAGCAAACUGCCGAGUUAACGGCGGACGAGCUUGCUGCAGAGGAGGAGAAAAAGAAGCAGGAAAAGGUCAAUGCAUUGGUUAAGGAGAAGAUUGAAGAACGGGUUGCUGAGCAAGGUCAAGCCGCCAUGGACUGGAAUGACGAUGCCGAGCAUGCGGGCAUGUAUGAUAUCGACGACACAGAUGACUUAGAUCCCGAAGCGGAAUACGCCGCGUGGAAGCUUCGUGAGUUGAAGCGCAUGAAGAGAGAGCGCGAGACCAUCGAGCAGCGUGAAGCAGAGCUUGCCGAGAUAGAGGCUGAGAGAGAGCGGCGCGAAAACCUUACAGCUGCAGAGCGCGAGGCCGAGGAUCGCCAACGUGAAGAACAGGAGAAGGAGGAGCGUCGUCAACGUGGAAAGAUGGACUACAUGCAGAAGUACCAUCACAAGGGCGCCUUCUACCAAGAAGAACUGCAGCAGUAUGGCGUCGAUAAACGUAACAUCAUGGCCGCCAGGUUUCAGGACUCUACAAACCGUGAGGUGCUUCCUGAAUACAUGCAGAUCAGGGACAUGACCAAGCUGGGCAAGAAGGGAAGGACAAAGUACAAGGAUAUGCGGUCGGAGGAUACUGGAACAUGGGGCAACUAUGCCGAUGACAGAAGGUCGCGGAACAAGAACCACUAUGGGGUGGAUGAGAGGUUCAGAGAAGGCGGAAGUGGGGCCAAUGCCCGGCCAUUGGGAGAACGGAAACGUCACGGCGCGGAUGCCGACCCUGGAGAAGCCAAACGGCCACGAGUAGAUUCAAGAUGA